AUGGAGCCCGCGGUGGCCGUGAGGCGCGGCAGCAGAGUUGCUACAACAGUCCCGGUAAGUUACAGCAAAGAAGCGGAAUUGAAAACGACCCUGGUAGAGCUGCUCAUCUACAUCACGUUCCUGGCAACCCUCAGCUUCAUGACCUUCGGCAUGGUGAGCACCAACAUGUAUUACCUGAACAAGGUGAUGGAAGAUCUCUUUGUGGAACAGCCCUACUCCGACAGCGACGGGAUUAAUUUCAGGAGUAUCAGGAGCCACGCCGAUUUCUGGAAAUUCGCAGAGGGACCGCUCUUGGAUGGGCUCUAUUGGAGCACAUGGUAUGACAACAGAACGAUGACCGACCUGAAAAACACCAGCUACAUUUUCUAUGAGAAUUUACUGUUAGGAGUAGCCCAGAUCCGCCAGCUGAAGGUGCGCAACAACACCUGCACCAUCUACCCCUACUUCCAGCCUUUCCUGAAGAGCUGUUACUCCCACUACAGUUACCAAGCAGAAGACAAGUCUGACUUUGGUCUGAAGAAUGAAUCUGAAUGGAAAUAUGUUUCUGCCUCCUCUUUCUCCCCGUGGUACUGGGGAUCUGUGGGCUUUUACAGAAGUGGAGGAUUUAUAUUCACCUUACCGAGAUCGAAGCAGGAGAGCAUGGAGAAGCUGGCGUUUCUCAGAAAGAAUGGUUGGAUCACUCGGGGAACCAGAGCUGUAUUUAUUGACUUCUCAACAUUUAAUGCUAACAUAAACCUCUUCUGUGUAGUCAGGUUGGUGGUGGAGUUCCCUGCCACUGGGGGUGCUCUGACCUCCUUUCAGAUACACUCCGUGAAGCUCCUCAGAUACGUCUCCUAUUAUGAUUACUUCUUGGCUUCUUGUGAAGUUGCCUUUUGCCUCUUCAUCGUUACAUUCAUAAUCCAGGAAGCAAUAGAAAUAACAAGACUGAAAAUGAAAUAUUUCAGAAGUGCCUGGAACUGGCUGGAUAUGCUGCUGAUAAUGGUAUCCAUCCUUGCCAUUUGCUUCAACAUCUACCGCACGAUAGAAGUGUCCCUGCUGAUGGAAGACCUCCUUUCUAAUGCUCACGUUUAUCCAGAUUUCUAUUUCCUUGCAUUCUGGCAAGUCAUUUAUGAUAACAUGAUUGCUGUCAAUGUCUUCUUUGCUUGGAUAAAGAUAUUUAAGUACGUAAGUUUUAGCAAAACCAUGACACAGUUGUCAUCCACUUUAUCUCGCUGCGCCAAGGACAUCAUUGGAUUUGCCAUCAUGUUCUUCACCAUUUUCUUUGCCUAUGCACAGUUCAGCCACCUCGUCUUCGGGUCACAAGUCAAUGACUUUUCUACUCUUCAAAACUGCAUUUUCUCACAGUUUCGUAUUGUGCUGGGAGAUUUUAAUUUUGAAAGCCUAGAAGUAAACAGCAUCCUUGGACCUAUUUACUACAUCUCAUUUGUGUUCUUUGUGUUCUUUGUCUUGCUGAACAUGUUCUUAGCGAUUAUAAACGACACCUAUUCGGAAGUCAAAGCAGACUUCGCAGUGAUUCCCAAUCAAGAGUUUCACAUCACAGACCUCUUCAGACAGAGCUACAAUAAAGCCCUUGUCAAGCUCAAAUUGAGAAAACCAGAUACAGAUCUAGGAGAUGAGAACCUGGAAAGCAAGGAAUUUCCACCCACUAAAGGAAAGGAUAUUUCCAAGCCUUCCAAAGGAGGCAGCGCUCAUGAGAAGAGGCAUCCGAAGCCACCGAAGUUACAGAAAGGGAAAGAGAGCCUUCAUCACUCCGACUCCGUCGCUGCUUCUCAGAGCUCUGUCUUCCCUGAAGAAUUUCAGCGGCUCCUCAGACGCACAUCUGAGUUGGAGAAGGAAUUAAACAACGCUAAUGCAAAACUCAGUAGGAUUAUGAAAAGCAUGCAACAGCUGAAGGAUGCUUCAGGCAAGACAGCACAGUAA